AACAAUCCAUCAAUUUUUAUCUUUUUUUUUUUCUUCUUUGCGUAGUAAACCUACACUGUUUCUUUUUUCAGAAAAAAGAAAAGCAAAAGAAAGCACCCAGACAAGAUAGUUUAUGGUUUCGAUCUUUAGAGUCAUUCGAGAAAACAAUGUCCAAGUCUUAAAUCAACUGAUUGGUUUAGCCACUGGAGAAAUAUCCAUCACAAACUACAGUAAUGACUAUCUGUCAAAACAGGAUCUGAUCAGUCUUCAACAACAAUUGAAAGCAGCAGAUUUAAAAUUAUUUGAUCUCAAUAAAAGGUCAACUAAAGGCAGGACAGCUCUUCAUGUCGCAGCUACUUGGAACCGUGUCGAAAUUGCAAAGUUACUGAUAGACUGUCCACUGGUGGAUGUCAACUUGCAGGAUCGAGAAAACGGUUGGACUGCUCUACAUCGAGCACUUUAUAUGGGCAAUAUCGAAAUUGCUCGAAUGCUACUACAAAGGCGUGAUAUAGAUAUCCAUAUCAAGGACUGGGAGCAAUUAGGAGCCUUUGAUCUAUAUGACAUGACAAUAUCAGGCGCAUAUCCUAAAGAGAGAGGUUUAGGAGACAAUUCAAAAAAACCAGAUAGAGCAGAUGACGAUGACAUCUAUAACCUAUCAAACGAUGACGAUGAGCCUACCGGAGGCACAGACGUUUACAGUUGGGGUCAAAACACCAAUUAUGUCUUGGGUCACCCCGACUCCGAGAACAGAAACCGACCGGAACGUGUGCAGCUCCAGCUUGAUUCACAGCAGAACCCAGCAGUUAAUAGACCACCUUAUGUGAUCGAAUCUGUCAUGAUGGCUAAAUACCACAUGGCUGUUCUAACAAGCGAACUAAGCCAUAACAUGCUAGUCUGUGGGUUUGGAAGAGGUGGACGUCUUGGAUUGGGCAAAGAUAUCGAUACGCAGUUGGUGCCUGCGCCUGUACCUUGGUCAGAAAGAAUUGUUACGGCUGCACUGGGUCGAGAUCAUACUCUUGCAGUGACAGAAAGUGGGGCGGUCAUUAGUUUUGGAAGUAAUGCGUAUGGACAAUUAGGGUAUGAGACUGAGAUCGGCAACAAAAAGGAUGAAGCGCCCAUGCAACUUGUACCACGAAAGAUCCAAGCACAGAAUCUUAAAAAGCAGCCCAUUAUUGGCGUGGCUGCAUCAAGAGUGCAUUCCGUCAUUUAUACCAGUAGUGAUCUCUUUACCUUUGGCCUCAAUCAGGGUCAAUUGGGCUACAGUCAAAGCAACAGUAACGAAACAUGUCAGACAACACCAAGAAAAGCUACUCUGUCUAUCCCAACAAGAGUGUUUAUGCCUGCCAAGAUACAGCAGGUGAUCGCAAAUGAUAAUGCCACUGUGAUCUUGACUGAAACAAGCGAUGUAUACAUGCUCUGUAAUUACACUCAGCAAAAACUAUUCUUUCCAUUCAACGCAUAUCCUUCAAAUAUCAAGGUUUACAAGCCUGCUAUCUGUUAUAUCGUCAAGCUAAUUUCAAGUGGAACAGAAUACCUAGGCGCGCUCACAAACCUUGGCCAUGUAUUCAUUUGGACAUGUAAAUCGACCACGAAGCAAAGCGCAAACAACAAGAAUCCCACCAUUAUUUCGGCGCCUCAGUUAAUCUGGGCAACCGGAAGAACACGUCUGAUGGCAGUGGAUGCAAGUAUAGGUCAAUAUGGCGAAGUAAUUAUCUGUACUGCGUCGGGUCGUGUGUUCAUGGGGCGUCCUGAAUCAGGCAAAUACAAAUUUAGUGAAAUGCCUUACAUACAGAGAUGUAUUCGAGUAUGCGCCAACUCCAGUGGAGCAUUUGCUGCUAUUCGUUCCGAACAUCCCUUGCAACCAUCUUCUCCUGGCCCAUCAAUGCUCAAGCAGGAUCUAUAUCAAUCAUUGCCGCAUGUGACCAGAGGAAGAGAACUGGAAUCAGAGAUAGAUGAUAUCAAAAACCAAAUGAAACAUGAUCUCGCAGACAUACCUGAAGAAGAUAAAACGAGUCGAGCAUUGAUCCAGCAGAGGUUUGAUGAACAAAAGAAGGCAAUAGUGGGUCAAGCUUGGAACGAUAUUAUGCAAAGAUCAAUGGAUGAUAGAACUCUAGAUACAGUAUUUAUUAUAGAAGAGAAUAGACGUCUUUACUGUCACAGCUCCGUCCUGGCGACUCGAAGCCACAUAUUUAAGCAGCUUGGAAGAAUGGCUGAUAAGCAAAUUGGCAAUUUUAAAAUUCGUCUCGGUAAAGGUAAAGAUGGACGCAUUCAAAUUCACAUCGAACGGUGCGAACUGGCUUCUCUACUGUUGAUGUUUGAUUAUAUAUACUCAGACGAGUAUGAGCAUCCGAUGAAAGUCUUUUUUGAAUCGCCUGUUCUUAGUCAAGACCGUGCUACAGACACAAGAAAGAUUCAAAAAGAUUUGGUUGAUUUGGCCGAGCUGUUUCACUUGCCUCACCUACUGGCGUCUGCACAAUCUUCGUUUAACCAUCAGUCAACACCUUCAUUGCUUCACAGUUUACAAAUGCUCAUGGACUAUCGUCCAGAUGUGAUGCUGAAGACUAGAGAUAAGCUCAUUCCCUGUCACGAGGUCAUCCUGCGUCAACGGUGCGUUUUCUUCAAACACCUGCUGGCACCACAAUCUAUCUGGACUGCCAAAAGAAGAGAACAGCAAAAGGAUUGUAUUGAGGUUGAUAUGGAGCACAUGUCUAGUGAAAUUGCAGAGACGAUACGACAACAUCUGUAUCUGGAUACAGAUGCACCCGACUUAUUUGAAUUCAUUCAAAGAGAUACUGAAGAUACCAUGCUGCAGUUCCUGCUAGAGCUUUUGUGUGAAGCAGAUGCACUUUUGCUAGAACGAUUAAAAUUAAUUGUAGAAAAUGCUCUUAUUCCAUUUAUUAAGCUUCGAACAGCUACUAGUAUUUUGGAGCACGCUGAUAUCUAUUGCGCCAAUGUCUUGAAGCAAAGGGGGUUGGAGUUUAUAAAGGUCAAUCUAUCAGUUUUCUUACCAUCAAGAAUGCUGGACCGUUUACCGUCAUCUUUGAUUCAUGAACUGGAGAAUCUUGUUCGCAUUUCGCAAGCAGAGGUAUGCCCAUUGGCUACAAGGGGAGACUUUAGCGGCACAGACAUGAUCGAUGCUACAGAAAUUGAAGACGAUGAAUUUUCAACGUCUUUGUAUGCUUUGAGUCGAGGCAAUGGUACACUGACAAGUGCCUAUGAUGAGAUCUUGGUGACACUGUAUCCUGAAAGACCUGUGAGUAAUGCAGAAACAAAGGAAGAGCAGGAAAAAGAAAGAAAUGUGGAUAAACGAGCAAACAAAUCAAAGAAAGCUGUUCGUAUUCCUUUACAAGAACUCAUUGAAGACACUCAAACAAACAUUGCGUAUAAUUGGGUAUCUAGCCAUGAACCUACCACAGGUGUCAGGCCGUCUUUACGCGAAAUCUUGGAAGAAGAACAUCAAACGACCGAUACUGUAUCUAAAUUAGCAAAGUCUUCUUUACCCAAAAAGAUAUCACAAAAAGAAAGAAGAAAGUUACAACAACAGUUACAAGAACCUUCAUCAUCCUCAUCUCAUCAAACAAACAAACAUGUGUGGGGCAAAGUAGCUCCAGCUCCAGUUAAAUCAUUUGUAAAAACGAUGGAAGAUGAACAACAACAACAACAACAUCCUCAACAGCAAAAACAGAAGCAGCAACGUGAUCUGGAUACAAAGGGAAAGAAAAUAUAUGUAUCCGAAGAAGACUUAUUACCCCCUGUAAGAGAAACCAUACCAACCACAGAGUCAAAAGAAUCAGCAUAUGAUCCUAUUGAAAGAAUCAGUUCCACAUUUAACCUUACGCCAAUUCGUCGCUACAUUAAGCGAGCCUCAUUACAAAAUCAUGAGUCGACCAUUCAGUCAUUUGAGACGAUUCAGAAGCAGCAGGAACUAGAAGAUAAUUGGUCAAAGAACGGACAGCCCAAGAAAAACUUGCUGAGAAUUCAAAAGGAAGAACAAGCUAUUGUAGGCUUAGAGCAGUAUUAUAUUCAGUCACUAGAUGUGAUGAGUGGAGAGUGGUGUGAGAUACAUAGAAUAAGUCCGCAAAAGAAAAGCGUACAUAGAAAUAAAUAGUUUAUUAUUUCUUUAGUAAACUAUGAACGACAUGAGACACCUUGAGAUUUUUUAAGUCCGUAUAUGUUUGUCCAGUGCCCACAAAGUAAAUAGGCUGGCCAGUGAUGUAGGUCAUGGAAAGGGCAGCACCUACUUUAUCAUCAAUCGUAUCAAAUUUGGUUAGGAUCAUGCCGUCGAUAUGUCUUGGAUUCUGUAAACCAGAAAAAUCCUUGAGCGCUUGAUUGAAUUUGGUUAAUUGGUCUACUGCUUCAUU